GUGGUGACAGCUCGGCUGACCCUGAAAAAGGUUCGGCUUACCAUCCUAAUCGGGUUAGGUUAAUCACGUGAGGUCAGUUGACCUAUAUCUAUGAUCGACGUUGGUCGGCUCACCUUUCUGGAUACACACAUCUCAAUUCAACCCCACACUCCCUCUAACUAUAUGGAAAAUGCCUCAAUCUCCAAUCCUUCUAUCUGAAGAGAAUUCUGAUGAUGAGAGUAAUGAAGUCGACCAAGAAGAUCUCCAGCUUAUGUUUGAUGAUGAUUUCUAUAAAGAAUCACAUAUUGCAAUUGAGGAUGGUGAAGUAUCACUCGAUCAGAUCACUAUUCUAUCUAAAGCAGUAUAUUACCCUCUAUCGACGCUCUAUCUAGAGCAUUGUGCUGUCCUACCAGACUACCCUAAAACGGAUCCACAUGGGUACACAUAUUGCAUCAAUGUUGAAGGUCAAAAAAAUCCAACUAACAUUGAUGUAAGAUAUUCCUAUCCUAUUUUAAACGCUUUAAAUAUACUUCUAAUCUAUCUAGAUCCAAUAUUCCUUCAAAAAAAUACAUCCCCCAAAGUCCAUGAUAUGUACCUAUCUAGGAAAUAUACGCGGGAAAAAGAUCAAACUUGGCUGCACAGCAGUAAAGCACUAUGAAUUUGUUUAAGUUCAACCCCCU